AUGAAAUUGGCCGGUUUAGGGAAAGAGGAAAGUGUUUGGAGGAAUUUGGACGAGAGAGAUGAUCCGCCUUCGGUGUUUGAAAUAUGUCAUUGCCAUUGGGGCGCUCCCAAGGCCCCGAACACACUGCUCGUAGUGCUUUUGUCAAUCGUUGGCCAAGUCCUCUCCGCCCAGUUGUCCGGCAACGAAGUGCCGAUCCUGAGCCAAGACCAAGAGGUCAACUUCGACGGUUCAUACCGCACGUCCUACGAAACGGGCAACGGAAUCUCGGCGCAGGAACAGGGACAACUGAAGAACGCCGGUAAUCCGGACGCGGAGGCGGAAGAAGUGCAGGGCAGCUUCCAAUUCACGGCUCCGGACGGUACGCCCAUACAGUUGCAGUAUGUCGCCAACGAAAACGGAUUCCAACCGCAAGGGUCGCAUUUGCCUAUCGCUCCCACUCCACCACCAAUUCCGCCAGCGAUCCAGAGGGCUUUAGAAUGGAUUGCCGCUCAUCCGGAGCCGCAACAAAAAGGGAAAUAAUUUACUAGUCAAUGAUAUUGUUAAUUGAUCACUUACGUUUGCAAAAGAAUUUUUAUAUUUGAGGUUUUUUUGUACAUACUGAGAUGUUUUUAUUAAGUUUACGUGCAUAACUGUUUUGUCUGUGUCUUGGGAAUAUUUGAAUUAUUUCUGCUGUUGUGGUUAUACUAAGUUUAUUUAUAGAAAAUAUAUUUUUAUUAUGAGUA